GUUACUGUUAAAGAAAGCCCCUUUUCUCACACCAACCCCUUAUAUUAACUCCAUCGUCCCAUCCCACUCUUUUCAAUUCAUUAUUCAUUCUCUCUAAUUAACAACAAUAUGGAGCAGCAGGAGGAAGAGGAACAUGUGGUGCGCAGCAACAAUAAUAACAACAAUGAUCACAUGCAAAUUAUGAUGAAGGGCAAGCGCACCAAGCGUCAGAGGCUACCUUCCCCACUUAGGUUAGCUAUGGCCAUGCCUUCUUCAACUUCUUCAACCUCCUCUUUCGGUUUGGAUACCCCAACAACAACCGCAAGAACGGAAGAUGAGGAUAAUAACGACGAAGACAUGGCGAAUUGCUUGAUCCUCCUGGCUCAAGGCGGCGGAGGCCGGGUAACCCGCCAUAAUAACAAAAAAGAAAGCAUAUUCAACCUUUACGAUUGCAAGACUUGUAACCGAAGCUUCCCUUCCUUCCAAGCUUUGGGAGGACACAGAGCCAGCCACAAGAAGCCCAAGAUCUUAACAAACAGUAGUAGUGUUAUUACUACAGAAGAGAAUUACAAUAAUGACCCUACAAGCACCGCCCUCACCUUGCAAAUAUCAAACAGCUCCAUGUACUGCCGCAGCACCACCACCACCAAAACAACAACCGCCAUGGAAACCACUGCUCCUAUUUCCAAGACAAGUAAGGUUCAUGAAUGUUCCAUUUGCGGUGCCGAAUUCACUUCUGGCCAAGCUUUGGGUGGUCAUAUGAGGAGGCACAGGGGUUUCUUGACCGUUUCUUCCGCCACAGCCGCAACCACAACCACCACCACCACUACAACUACAUCAUCAUCUAUUAGUGGUGCUAAUGCUGAUCAUCAAGAGACCAAGAACAAUAAUAAUAAUGUCAACAAGAAUAUUUUGAAGCUGGACCUCAAUCUUCCGGCACCGGAAGAUGAUCAUCACAACAGGGUAUCAAAGUUUUCGUUCCAGUCCAAAGAGAAAGUUAUUGUGUUCUCUUCUGCAGCUUCUCUCGUAGAUUGCCAUUAUUAGAUUGUUCAUAAUAAUAUAUAGCCUCACUUCGAUCCUCUCUAUCAUUUAUUAAGUGUUCAGUUAUAUUGACAUUUCUUAAUUCGUUCAUAUUGUCCAAUUGUCGUUAUUUUCACUCCAUUAACCCUUGUAUACA